AUGUCUGAUCCAAUAGAAACUAAAGAUGGUUUCUCCCAUGUUGUUGAUGAACAAAUAUCCCAGUUAGAUAAUUUAGUUGUGCCAAUUGUUGAUGAGCAGUUAAAGCCAAAAAUAGGAAUGACUUUCGACAGUUUAGAAGACGCUGAAAAAUUCUACAGAAAUUACGGAAAGGUCGGAGGUUUUGAUAUCCGUAAUAGCACAACAAAUUAUGGGAAUGAUAGAGAGUUAAUUUGCAAAAGUUAUGUUUGUUCGAAAGAAGGAGUGUUAAAGAGCAAAUCGUUGGAAAUUCGACGAUGUGGUACAAUUAGAACAAAUUUUAAGGCCUUGAUUCGCUUGAAAUUAGACAAAAACAUUGGCAUAUGGAGUGUUUACAAGUUCGUGGAAGAACAUAAUCAUACAAUUACUUCACCGAGUAGAACACAUUUUCUAAGGGGAAACCGUGAGGUCAUAAGUGCGAAGAAGACAUUAAUAAAGCAGUUUGGAGAGGUGAAUAUUCCAACAAACAAGCAAAUGGCCUUCUUUGAAAACUCUAGCGGAGGUUUUCAUAGAAUUGGAUGCAUUGAGACCGAUGUGAGAAAUUAUGAAAGAGAUUUGAGAGAGGAGAGGCACGGUCAUGAUGCACAAAUGAUGUUGGAUCAUUUUAAGUCGGAACAAGAGAAGAAUCAUUCAUUUUAUUAUGUUUAUGAAGUUGAUGAAGAGAAGCGCUUAACUCAUUGUUUUUGGGUGGAUGACAUUGCUCGAAUGAAUUAUCAACACUUUAGCGAUGUUGUCUCCUUCGAUGACACACAUAACACAAAUCAAUAUGGCUUGGUAUUUGUGCCAUUUGUAGGCAUAAAUCACCAUUGGCAAAGUGUUUUUUUAGGAUGUGGCUUGAUCCCAAACGAAGAGGCGAAAUCUUUUGUAUGGUUGUUUAACAAAUGGAUUGAAGCAAUGAGUCAUCCUCCUUCGGGCAUGAUUACAGAUCAAUGUCUUGGCAUAUGCAAGGCAAUUGAAACAGUUUUUCCAGAAAUUCGGCAUAGGUUUUGCAUUUGGCAUAUCUUGGACAAAGUUCCAGAUAAGUUGGGUCAAUGGGCUUAUAGAACGGAAUUUAUGAAAUCUUUCAAAGAAAAUAUUUGGAACUCCGACGAUGCUAGCUCUUUUGAAGAGAAUUGGGUUUCAAUUAUUAAGAAAAAUGGAUUGGAAAAGCACGAUUGGCUAAAUGAUAUCUAUAAAAUUCGUGAAAAAUGGGCUCCCGAAAGAUCGGCUGUUCAAGAUGAUGAGCUCAUAGAAGUCACCAUCAACAUAGUCGACAAAGGGAAGUCAACACAAUGUUCCAGUCUCGACUCUUUACAGUUGAUAUCCCAGCAUUUAACUCGGCUGCGCUCCGGAACUAACAGACGUAGGGAUUAUCAAAGGAUGCAGAGAGGGCUAUCCUCAGAUGAUGAAACAUCGGAUGCUUGUUCUGCAAUCAUCUCCGACAACACAGUGUCUAGCACAGGACGAGUUCGAAAGGCGUUCUACCAGGGCUCAGAGCUCGAAAACGCUCUAACUAAGCAGAAAGAAGAGCUCAGAGCUGAAAUAAAGAUGGAAAUGGAUUUGAAUGUAGUGCAUGAUAGAAUUACAUGCCCAACAACUUUAGUCCUUCUCAAAUCAGCAGGGUGA